AUGUCUGAACCUGCGAAACCAGCUGCCUCAUCACCCGUCCAGAGCCCGCCUGAAGUGGCAACAACAACGCCAACAAAUUCACCACCGGAGGCGUCCAGAUCAUCGCCCAAUCCGUUCCUUGAUAACGAGGUCGUCGAGGAACCGCGGGAACACGCCUCUCCUCCACCGUCGGUGAACACUGUGACAAGACCCACCUCCCAGCCGUCGCCUGAUACUACGGAGAAUGUAACGACCGAUCCAGCCAUUGCUGAAUUGAAGGCCAUGUUCCCUGAUUAUGAUGAUAUCAUCUUGCAAUCCGUCCUCGAAAGCGCAAAUGGCAAUCAAGCUGCUGCAAUCGAGAUUCUCCUGGGCAUGAGCGACCCCAAUUACAAGAGCGAGGCUCCGCCACCCCAGGCUGCAAUGUCCCAGACGGAGCUGGACGAGCAGUUGGCCAGGCGGUUGAUGCUGGAGGAGCAGCAGCAGCUUCAGUGGAGUCCGAAUGCUGCCCCGGGUUUGGGACCACAACGCCGAAAUUCUCGGUAUGGCCAACCUCAGGUCGGAUCUCCUGCUGUUGCUCCUCAUAGUGCGGGUGCUACUUCGGGAGAUAAGGAUACCAUGGCUGAACUCCAGGAGCAGUUCACAAAGGUUGCGGAAGCCGGAAAGAAGACUUUUGGCAAUAUCUUUACCAAGGUGAAAGCCAAGAUCCAGGAAUUCGAACGUGGAGGAUUGGUGGUGAAGGUCGGAUUCUGGUCCAUCGACACACAAACUCCGUACGCGCAGUACCAUGGAAGUGGUGCUCAUGGGCAACAGCAGGCAGCUUCCUAUUACGAUCCUAAUUCUCCGAUCACCCUCUCAUCGUCCCAAGCGACACCACCACAAGGGACACCUGCGCCCGCAGUGCAAGGAUACGACGCGACACCUUCAGCGGCUUCCCCGCCUCCCGCCGCAGCUCGGGCUGCCUCACCCCCAGUCACCCAGACUGCGACACCCAGCGCUUCGACUGUUCCUCCACCCAAUCCUGCUGCAGUGCCCCUUGACGGAGGGAAACUUGGAUUGCUUCCAAAGCGUCCAGUGUCGCUCAUCCGCGAUCCGCCAUCUGGACAGCAACAGAAGCGGGCGGAUGACAGCGACGACGAUCUGGAAUACGCAGAGAAUCCCUUUGAGGAUCAGAAGAAGUAA